ACUACCCAGCCUCAAUUUUGUAUUUGGAAAGCCCAAAACACUCAGCUCAAAGGCUCUGCGAGUUUUCUGUUGCCUUCUCUCUGUCUCAGAGGACUCCAUCUAUAGAACCACUCUAUGCCUUCAAGAAAGGUAUUUUAAGCACUGGGACACAUUUCGAUAAUUUCAAUGUCAUUGGGUCCCUUCUCAGGCUGAUCCUGGUCUAUCUCUGACUCUCUUCUCCUCCACCAGACCUCUUUUAUUCCAUUUUGAAAGAAAACUGAAAAUGGUGUUUUCAAUGUGGACACGGAAGAGACAAAUUUUGAUCUUUUUAAAUAUGAUCUUAGUUUCUAGAGUCUUUGGGUUUCGAUGGUUUCCUAAAACUCUACCUUGUGAUGUUGAACUAGAUAUCCCAAAGGCCCAUGUGAUUGUGGACUGCACAGACAAGCAUUUGACAGAAAUCCCUGAGGGUAUUCCCACUAACACCACCAAUCUCACCCUUACCAUCAACCACAUACCAAGCAUCUCUCCAGAUUCCUUCCGUAGGCUGAACCAUCUGGAAGAAAUCGAUUUAAGAUGCAAUUGUGUACCUGUUCUACUGGGGUCCAAAGCCAAUGUGUGUACCAAGAGGCUGCAGAUUAGACCUGGAAGCUUUAGUGGACUCUCUGACUUAAAAUCCCUUUACCUGGAUGGAAACCAACUUCUGGAGAUACCGCAGGAUCUGCCAUCCAGCCUACAGCUUCUGAGCCUUGAGGCUAACAACAUCUUCUCCAUCACGAAGGAGAAUCUAACAGAACUGGUUAACAUUGAAGCACUCUACCUGGGUCAAAACUGUUAUUAUCGAAAUCCUUGCAAUGUUUCCUAUUCUAUUGAAAAAGAUGCUUUCCUAGUUAUGAGAAAUUUGAAGGUUCUCUCACUAAAAGAUAACAAUGUCACAGCUGUCCCCACCACUUUGCCACCUAAUUUACUAGAGCUCUAUCUUUAUAACAAUAUCAUUAAGAAAAUCCAAGAAGAUGAUUUUAAUAACCUCAAUGAGUUGCAAGUUCUUGACCUAAGUGGAAAUUGCCCUCGAUGUUAUAAUGUCCCAUAUCCGUGUACACCUUGUGAAAAUAAUUCCCCCUUACAGAUCCCUGACAAUGCUUUCAAUUCAUUGACAGAAUUAAAAGUUUUACGUUUGCACAGUAAUUCUCUUCAGCAUGUGCCCCCAACAUGGUUUAAAAACAUGAGAAACCUCCAGGAACUAGACCUCUCUCAAAACUACUUGGCCAGAGAAAUUGAGAAGGCCGAAUUUUUGCAUUUUCUUCCCAACCUUGUUGAGUUGGAUUUUUCUUUCAAUUAUGAGCUGCAGGUCUACCAUGCAUCUAUAACUUUACCACAUUCACUCUCUUCAUUGGAAAACUUGAAAAUUCUGCGUGUCAAGGGGUAUGUCUUUAAAGAGCUGAAAAACUCCAGUCUUUCUGUAUUGCACAAGCUUCCCAGGCUGGAAGUUCUUGACCUUGGCACUAACUUCAUAAAAAUUGCUGACCUCAACAUAUUCAAACAUUUUGAAAACCUCAAACUCAUAGACCUUUCAGUGAAUAAGAUAUCCCCUUCAGAAGAGUCAAGAGAAGUUGGCUUUUGUCCUAAUGCUCAAACUUCUGUAGACCGUCAUGGGCCCCAGGUCCUUGAGGCCUUACACUAUUUCCGAUAUGAUGAAUAUGCACGGAGCUGCAGGUUCAAAAACAAAGAGCCACCUUCUUUCUUGCCUUUGAAUGCAGACUGCCACAUAUAUGGGCAGACCUUAGACUUAAGUAGAAAUAACAUAUUUUUUAUUAAACCCUCUGAUUUUCAGCAUCUUUCAUUCCUCAAAUGCCUCAACUUAUCAGGAAACACCAUUGGCCAAACUCUUAAUGGCAGUGAACUCUGGCCGUUGAGAGAGUUGCGAUACUUAGACUUCUCCAACAACCGGCUUGAUUUACUCUACUCAACAGCCUUUGAAGAGCUCCAGAGUCUUGAAGUUCUGGAUCUAAGUAGUAACAGCCACUAUUUUCAAGCAGAAGGAAUUACUCACAUGCUAAACUUUACCAAGAAAUUACGGCUUCUGGAGAAACUCAUGAUGAAUGAUAAUGACAUCUCUACUUCGGCCAGCAGGACCAUGGAAAGUGACUCUCUUCGAAUUCUGGAAUUCAGAGGCAACCAUUUAGAUGUUCUAUGGAGAGCCGGUGAUAACAGAUACUUGGACUUCUUCAAGAAUUUGUUCAAUUUAGAGGAAUUAGAUAUCUCCAGAAAUUCCCUGAAUUCCUUGCCUCCUGAGGUUUUUGAGGGUAUGCCGCCAAAUCUAAAGAAUCUCUCCUUGGCCAAAAAUGGGCUCAAAUCUUUCCCUUGGGACAGUCUCCAGUUACUGAAGCAUUUGGAAAAUUUGGACCUCAGCCACAACCAGCUGACAAAAGUACCUGAGAGAUUGGCCAACUGUUCCAAAAGUCUCACAAAACUGAUUCUUAAGAAUAAUCAAAUCAGGCAGUUGACAAAAUAUUUUCUAGAAGAUGCUUUGCAAUUGCGCUAUCUAGACAUCAGUUCAAAUAAAAUCCAGGUCAUUCAGAAGACUAGCUUCCCAGAAAAUGUCCUCAACAAUCUGGAGAUGUUGGUUUUACAUCAUAAUCGCUUUCUUUGCAACUGUGAUGCUGUGUGGUUUGUCUGGUGGGUUAACCAUACAGAUGUUACUAUUCCAUACCUGGCCACUGAUGUGACUUGUGUAGGUCCAGGAGCACACAAAGGUCAAAGUGUCAUAUCCCUGGAUCUGUAUACGUGUGAGUUAGAUCUCACAAACCUGAUUCUGUUCUCAGUUUCCAUAUCAUCCGUCCUCUUUCUUAUGGUAGUUAUGACAACAAGUCACCUCUUUUUCUGGGAUAUGUGGUACAUUUAUUAUUUUUGGAAAGCCAAGAUAAAGGGGUAUCAGCAUCUGCAAUCCAUGGAGUCUUGUUAUGAUGCUUUUAUUGUGUAUGACACCAAAAAUUCAGCUGUGACAGAAUGGGUUUUGCAGGAGCUGGUGGCAAAAUUGGAAGAUCCAAGAGAAAAACACUUCAAUUUGUGUCUAGAAGAAAGAGACUGGCUACCAGGACAGCCAGUUCUAGAAAACCUUUCCCAGAGCAUACAGCUCAGCAAAAAGACAGUGUUUGUGAUGACACAGAAAUAUGCUAAGACUGAGAGUUUUAAGAUGGCAUUUUAUUUGUCUCAUCAGAGGCUCAUGGAUGAAAAAGUGGAUGUGAUUAUCUUGAUAUUCUUGGAAAAGCCUCUUCAGAAGUCUAAGUUUCUUCAGCUCAGGAAGAGACUCUGCAGGAGCUCUGUCCUUGAGUGGCCUGCAAAUCCACAGGCUCACCCAUACUUCUGGCAGUGCCUGAAAAAUGCCCUGACCACAGACAAUCAUGUGGCUUAUAGUCAAAUGUUCAAGGAAACAGUCUAGCUCUCUGAAGAAUGUCACCACCUAGGGCAUGCCUUGGUACCUGAAGUUUUCAUAAAGGUUUCCAUAAAUGAAGGUCUGAAUUUUUCCUAACAGUUGUCAUGGCUCAGAUUGGUGGAAAAUCAUCAAUAUAUGGCUAAGAAAUUAAGAAGGGGAGACUGAUAGAAGAUAACUUCUUUCUUCAUGUGCCAUGCUCUGUUAAAUAUUUCCCCUAGCUCAACUCUGAAAAACUGUGCCUAGGAGAAAACACAAGGUUUUGAUUUAUCUGCAUACAAUUGAGAAGAGCCACACAUCUGCCCUGAAGAAGUACUAGUAGUUUUAGUAGUAGGGUAAAAAUUACGCAAGCUCUCUCUCUCUCUCUCUGAUACUGAACUGUACCAGAGUUCAAUGAAAUAAAAGCCCAGAGAACUCUCAGUAAAUUGUUUCACUAUCAUGUAGUAUCAAGCAUGCAAUAUGCUACAAAAGCAGCUACUGGUACAGGGCAGUUGGUAGCUGCUUCAGUGCCUCUUAUCAUUUUCUUGGGGCCCAUUGAUGGGUUCUCUGGGAAAAUAGGGAAUUUUUUUUUUUUGUCAUCCAUAGACAUGGUCAACUUAUAAAUGGGGAAAAUGGAAAUAUUUUCCCCUCAAGCAAAGUGAUGUUCUUUGCAUUUGAUGACAAUUUACCUGCUGAAAUAUUCUAUGUGCAUGGCCAGAAUACUAUUUCCAAAGUAAAAUGAUCUUUAAAAUAACUUCAUUAAUUGAUGUUAGUUUAUGAACUAGUACCAAUAUUUUUCAGUAUCUAUAACCAUCAUGCAUCAAUAUCAAGUGGUUUUCAUAGUAAGCCCAAAAGGGGGUGGAAAGAAUAUGUAUUUAGGGUUAUCAGGGAAUAGGAAAAUAGAUGGAUGGUAAUUGUAUAUGUUUACUUCAGUUUGAAAAGAUGAGGGAAGAGUUGAAAGAGCUUAACAUUGGGAGAUCAUCUGAUUUUGUUUAUUUGGUUUAGGUUUUUUUUUGUUUGUUUUGUGUGUGUGUGUGUGUGUGUGUGUGUGUCCAGAAGACAUUAUCAGGAAUGAUAUACACUUCCUUUAAGACAACUCCUAUUGACCUGGAAAUCAACAAUUAAGCUGGACUAGGUGACUGGCAAUCCCGGGGAUAUGCCUGUCUCUGCUUCUUUGGAGUUUUGAGUAUCUGCCACUAAAUCUGGCAUUUUUACAUAGGUUAUGAAAAUCCAACUCUUGCAAAUAAA